AGGCUAGUCAUUGAAUUCGAAAGAGAAAUCACAGAACAAAAAUAAAAAUGGUAGCAGUUGGUAUUGAUUUGGGCACAACGUACUCCUGCGUUGGUAUCUUCCAACAUGGCAAAGUGGAAAUCAUUGCAAAUGACCAGGGCAAUCGCACCACACCCAGCUAUGUGGCCUUUACCGAUUCGGAGCGUUUGAUUGGUGAUGCUGCCAAAAAUCAGGUAGCCAUGAAUCCAAGAAACACCGUCUUCGAUGCCAAACGUUUGAUUGGCCGCAAAUAUGAUGACCCAAAAAUUAUGGAAGACAUUAAACAUUGGCCCUUCAAGGUGGUGAGCGAUUGCGGCAAACCCAAGAUCUGUGUGGAAUUCAAAGGGGAACAGAAACGUUUUGCUCCCGAGGAGAUUAGCUCAAUGGUGUUGACGAAAAUGAAGGAGACUGCUGAGGCGUAUCUAGGACAAAGUGUAAGUGAUGCGGUGAUCACGGUGCCGGCCUAUUUCAAUGAUUCCCAGAGGCAGGCCACCAAAGAUGCUGGGCGCAUUGCAGGUUUGAAUGUUCUGAGAAUCAUUAACGAGCCCACAGCUGCCGCCUUGGCUUAUGGCCUCGACAAAAAUCUGAAAGGAGAACGCAAUGUGUUGAUUUUCGAUUUGGGUGGUGGUACCUUUGAUGUCUCGAUUCUGACCAUUGAUGAGGGCUCCUUGUUUGAGGUGCGAGCCACGGCCGGUGAUACCCAUUUGGGUGGUGAAGACUUCGACAAUCGUCUGGUCAACCAUUUGGCCGAUGAAUUCAAGAGGAAAUACAAGAAAGAUCUACGUUCCAAUCCCAGGGCUUUGCGCCGGCUUAGAACUGCUGCGGAGAGGGCCAAACGCACACUGUCUUCAAGCACUGAGGCCACCAUUGAAAUUGAUGCCCUAUUCGAUGGCAUUGAUUAUUACACCAAAGUAAGUCGGGCCCGUUUUGAGGAGUUAUGUGCCGAUCUAUUCCGUCAAACACUGCAGCCGGUGGAAAAGGCUCUCAACGAUGCCAAAAUGGAUAAGAAUCAAAUCCAUGAUAUUGUCUUGGUUGGUGGUUCUACACGCAUACCAAAGGUCCAGAAUUUGUUGCAACAAUUCUUCUGUGGCAAGACAUUGAAUUUGUCCAUUAAUCCCGACGAAGCUGUGGCCUAUGGUGCAGCCAUCCAGGCAGCCAUAUUGAGUGGUGACAAGAGCAGUGCCAUACAAGAUGUUUUGCUGGUGGAUGUGGCUCCCCUCUCGUUGGGUAUUGAAACGGCUGGCGGUGUAAUGGCCAAGAUUAUUGAACGCAACUCACGCAUACCAUGCAAACAGACGCAAACCUUCUCCACCUAUUCGGAUAAUCAGACCGGGGUCACCAUUCAGGUGUACGAGGGUGAACGUGUCAUGACUAAGGAUAACAACCGCUUGGGUACCUUUGACUUGUCCGGCAUACCACCAGCUCCACGUGGUGUACCCCAAAUUGAGGUAACGUUCGAUUUGGAUGCCAACGGAAUUCUCAAUGUCUCGGCCAAGGAAAUGAGUUCUGGAAAUGCUAAAAAUAUUACCAUCAAAAAUGACAAAGGACGUCUGUCGCAGGCGGAAAUCGACAGAAUGGUUAAUGAGGCCGAGAAAUAUGCCGCCGAAGAUGAAAAUCAACGCAACAAGAUUGCUGCCCGCAACAAUUUGGAAAGCUAUGUGUUUGGUGUGAAGCAGGCCUUGGAUCAGGCCAGCGGAGACAAGAUUUCGGCCCAAGAGAAAGCUGAGACUUUGCGAGCAUGUGAUGAUACCAUCAAAUGGCUGGAUGCCAAUACUAUGGCCGAACGCGAAGAAUAUGAGGAUAAAAUGAAAGAGAUCAGUAAGAUCUGUACGCCCAUCAUGACAAAAUUGCAUGGCGGUGGUGGUCCAAGUGCUGCAUCAUGUGGUCAACAGGCAGGAGGAUUUGGUGGUGGCCGUGCGGGUCCAACUGUAGACGAAGUCGAUUAAAUACAUUCGAUUUUUGUUAUGUUAUCGUAGAAGUUUAUGUCUCAUUGCCAUUGUCAUACUUCCAUUCUUGUGAUUUUAUUUAAAACUAUACUUUAAGUAGAAUAACCAAUUUAAUUUAUUUCAAAAUCAUU